CUCUCUCCUCCUCACUGAUCUCUCACUCUCUCCUUUCAUCUCUCCUCUCCGUUAGGCUCUCCUCUUCCUCGCCGUCCUCCUCCUCUCAGUAAUAACUGAACAGAGGAGGCAGCAGCAGCAGUGUCACUCAGCUCCGCAACAACUCGCAUCAAAGUGGGGACUCUUAUUAUUGUUUUCUCCUCUUUUUCUUAAAUAGAUUAUCCUUUUAAUCAGUUUCUUUUUGGUCAGUCUUUUCAGUCGAUUCUUCUCUACUUUUCAUUCUUUUUUCUGCUAUACCGAUCUUUGUCAGCGUGCAGCAGUAUGGGGAUACCAUACAUCCUAAAAAAGGUUUGUGCCCCUACUCCAACUAGAGCAUAUUGCCAUAUGCUCGUCUUUUUUUAUUUUUUGCAUCUCGUCGGACAUAAGUAGGACAGUUUUGUGGUUUUCAUACAGUAUGUCAAGGUCUGGACUCCCACGUGCGCAGAUGUGAAUGGAUCUUCAGAGGUAUUUUUGAAAUCUUGUGUCAAUAUACCUUUGAUUGGGUGACAGGAUGUGUGGUGGCAUCGAGCAGUAACACAUCACUAAGUAUUGACCAAAGCUGUUGUCCAGCACGGACUGGAGAAAUGUCAUUUCAGUCUGACCGAAAGCUUAAUUGUUCUUAAAAAUCAAAUAUUCAAAAGCUGCAGGAUAUUUUUGGGGAUAUUUUUUUCGGCUCUGGAAACACAACUCUGUCUCUUUUUCCUUUGUGAUUUCAUGCUACUUUACUUUCUCCCUGGCUGGUACAAACACCCUCUCCCUGUAUAAAAUGCAAAAGAAGUUAAGCACACAAGCAAAAUAAACAGCCAUUUAACCAGGAUGGACUUCCAAGAUGUAUCCACGACUGUCAUGGCCACGUUCCCGUCCACUUUUCCACCAAAUUCCUCUUUGGAGAAUUCCAGCCAGACGUCCUCGUCCUCGUCCAGAUCCCCUCCUCUGCCUCCGCACUCCCCGGUGGUGUCGGUGUUUAUCGUGCUGGUGGUGUCGGUGAUCAUCCUGGGGACGGUGGUGGGGAACGUGCUGGUGGUGGUGGCCGUGUUCACCAGCCGAGCCCUGAGGCCCCCGCAGAACCUCUUCUUGGUGUCUCUGGCUUCAGCUGACAUCCUGGUGGCGACGCUGGUCAUCCCCUUCUCCCUGGCCAAUGAGGUUAUGGGAUACUGGUACUUUGGGUCCACCUGGUGCUCCUUCUAUCUGGCUCUGGACGUCCUGUUUUGCACUUCUUCCAUCGUCCACCUUUGUGCCAUCAGCCUUGAUCGCUACUGGUCCGUCACUAAAGCCGUGAGCUACAACCGCAAGCGGACGCCGAAGCGGAUUAAAGUGAUGAUCAGCAUCGUGUGGCUCAUCUCCAUCGUCAUAUCGUCCCCACCUCUCCUCAUGUCCCAGAAUGAAAACGAUUCGGAGACCGAGGACGAGAACAACGUGCACAGGCAGGAGUGCCUGAUCAACAACGAGACGUGGUACAUCCUGUCCUCCUGCAUGGUGUCUUUCUUUGCUCCGGGAAUCAUCAUGAUCCUUGUUUACUGUAAGAUCUACCGCGUUGCGAAGCAGCGAGCUUCUACUGUAUUUGUAGCUAAGAAUGUGAUGGAGAGGCAGCCCUCGCAGUCGGAGACCUGCUUCGUGGGCAACGCCACCACGUGUCAAAGGAAGGGCGGAGCCCAGUACGAGCUGGACAGCCCGCUGCCCUCGAACCGACGCAGCUUUUCCAAAGUGGACACCAGCUGCAGCACUCACAGGAGAGGGGAGCUGGAUGAAAUCGAUCUGGAGGAGAAGGGCUGUGACAUCAAACGAUCCUCGUCCUUUUCCUCAUCGCUCCGCUUCCCUCGGAGAGCCAGCGGGAGGGUGAAAACCGAAGAUGGAAAGGAUGCCGAGGGAACAGCAAACAGGUUGAAACCCCCUCUUCCCCCUCCGUCCUGCGCCUCCAUAUCAUGGACGACAUCCGACCAGUGCUCCCAGCACUUCCUCCUCCCCUCCCCGCUGCCUCAUCGCAACAGGCAGAGGUCUCUGUCCAAAAACAAAGUGGCACAGAUGAGGGAGAAGCGCUUCACGUUUGUUCUGGCGGUGGUGAUGGGGGUCUUCGUCCUCUGCUGGUUCCCUUUCUUCUUCACUUACAGUCUCCACGCCAUCUGCAGAGACAACUGCACCAUCCCGGACACACUCUUCAACCUGUUUUUCUGGAUCGGAUACUGCAACAGCUGCCUGAACCCUAUCAUAUACACUAUUUUUAACCGAGACUUCAGGAGGGCCUUCAAGAAGAUCCUGUUCCAAGCUCAUAAACGGACAUAAGAUGAGAAUGUAAAUG